AAAAUUACAUUCGAUAAUAAACAAUAAUUCAUAUUUAUCAUCUGACAUUUGAUUUUCGAAUUUUUAGCUAUUUAUAAUUUAGUAGCUUAAAAAAACUUUUUUUUCGCUAAUAAAUGUCUUCUGCGGCAGUUAUCAACCGAAAUAUCUCCGGCUAAUGAUUAAUUUUUUUAUUUGAUAUUGUUAACAUAAGUUACUGUAUAUAUUUAUUAGACCUAUCAGAUGUCUUUAAGAAUCAAAUUGAUAUAAUUUAGCGAAAUGGGCUUAUGCAAGUGUCCUAAACGUAAAACUACAGGCCAUUUCUGUUUUCGCCAUUGUGUAAAUGUAUGUGAACAUUGCAUAGUGAACAAUCAUACUACAUGUAUUGUUAAAUCAUAUACCACAUGGUUAAAAGAAGCAAGCAGUAGUGGCGGUAGUGUCUCCUCUUCUUCUACUGCUUUUUGUGUUGUUUGUCAAAAACAGUUUGAAUCAUCUGAAAAAUGUUUGAAAGCUGUCCGUUUAUUGUGUUAUCAUGUUAUUCAUUAUAGGUGUCUCUCAUUGCUUGUAAAAAACCAUUUAAAGCAAGGCAAUAUUCAAGGAAAUUUAAAAUGCCCAUCAUGUUCAAGGGUUCUUUGGGUGAGGCAAAAUGAGAAUGAUAUCCAAUUAGAUUCACCUGUAGCUUUGCAAUUAUAUAAAAUUUUUGAGGCUGAAUGGUGGGGAAAAUCAUUAAUUUCUAAUGAACCUAUAGAUGCUGGGGAACUUGAAAAGUUUUUACUAGAAGAUACUAAGCAAGAAUCAACUAUUACUAUUCAAGAAACCUCUCUUAGUUCUAAUGUUCAACCAUUAUCUGAGAUAAUUCAAUCAAAUGGCACACCUCAUCAUUACUAUUAUCAAGAACCACAAUCUUCUAUAGAGUCAACUAAUAACAUAGUAAAACAGGCAGUUCAUCAUAGAUAUAAUAAUGUUAUUCCAAAUCAGCCAGAAGAGCAAGAACAACAGCAGUUGCAAAGUUCACAAUUUAUUGGUCAAGCUACAAAUAAACAAUUAUACAAAACAUAUAAAUCUCCACUGUUGUCAAAUAAUGAUGAUGACUAUCCUAGUGAUAAAUAUUAUAGAAAACCAAAAAAAUUUGAAAAUCAGUUGCUGAACUUUAUUAAUGGAAUAUGGAAUUCUCAAUAUAAAGUUUAUAUAUUUAUAGUUGCUAUAAUAGUUGUUAUACUCUUUGUAGUUUUGGUCUCACAUUCUAGUGAUGACUCAUCAAUAGACAAUAUAGUUGAUUAUGGUGGUGAUGGUGACUCAAACAAUAAUGAAGCUAUUUUAGAUAAAUUAUAGUUACUUCAUUUUGUUUGUUUUAUUGUUAAGAAUGAAAAUAUGUAUUCUUCAGGGUUUAUGUAUGUUUAUAUUUUUUAGUUUUAUAAAUAUCCCAAUUAAAUAUAAGAAAAGAAUAUCUAUACCAUUUAUUGUUAAACUAUAUAAUUAAUCAAUGAUACAUGGUUAAAAUAUAUUAACUGUCAAUUUGUUGAUA